AUGGGCUCCAGAGAAGAAGACUCCUCAGGAACCUUCUGCCAACCUGAAGCUGCAGAGCAGAGCUGGAAGCUUACCCAACCUGAAGCUGCAGAGCAGNCCAACCUGAAGCUGCAGAGCAGAGCUGGAAGCUUACCCAACCUGAAGCUGCAGAGCAGCUUUCAGGAGUUCACACCUGACUUCACUGACGAUGAUGAAGGUGGUGAAGUCUACAGGUUCCACUGCUCUGGUCCAGGCCUGUACCAGUGCCGAGAGACGGGCCUGGUGUUUGACAUGAAGGCAGCAGGAGACGUGUCCUACAGGACAGUCCCCUGGGACAGAAGAGCCCUGAGCCAGCAUCACAAGAAGCCUGCAGGACCUCUGUUUGACAUCACAUGUCCUCAGCUGUCUGUGGCUCAGCUUCAUCUUCCUCACUGUGAGCUCCGCUCCACACGUGCAGAGGACCACCUGCCAGGUGCAGAGGACCACCUGCCAGAUGCAGAGGACCACCUGCCAGGUGCAGAGGACCACCUGCCAGGUGCAGAGGACCACCUGUUAGCUGCAGAGGACCACCUGCCACGUGCAGAGGACCACCUGCCACGUGCAGAGGACCACCUGCCACGUGCAGAGGACCACCUGUCAGCUGCAGAGGACCACCUGUCAGGUGCAGAGGACCACCUGCCAGGUGCAGAGGACCACCUGCCAGGUGCAGAGGCCCACCUGUCCGUGGCUCAUGUGGACCAUGGAGACAUGGAGUUCAUCAGACCUGAGAGGAUGACAGAAACUCAUGUGGUCAUAAACAUCAGGAGCUUCUCUGCUUUCGGUAACGUGAAGGAUGAAGACUCUCCUCCUGACCCGGUCCGAGCGYUGGUUCUGCUCUUCUACAAGAGCCCGGCAGAACCUGGAGAUGAUCACCUGAUUAAUGUUCUGCUGCUGCCAAGAAAUGUUCCUGUGGGAGAAGUUCUGAGAUUCAGGAAGAAGUUAGACAAAACAGAGACGUUUCUGGAGACCCCGCCUCACUGUAAGCUGCAGCCUCAGCAGKUCUACACUCUGUCCACCGGUUCUGGACAUGACUUGGUUCUGGUUCAGCCGAAAGAAGCCGAAUUUGACCCGGAGUCCUACGACAACUUCCUGCCAACGUUCCAGGUGSUUUAUGAGCAGCUGAUGAAACACAUGAAGCUGUUCCUGAAGGACAGCAGCUCCUCCAGCGUCUGGGACAGACGUCUUUGUCUGUCCUCCUCUGGACCCAACCGGUCCUGUGGAUCCACCCGUCAGAACCUGUCCCCUGACGAGCAGCUGUCAGAGACACGGAUCAGCUUCACGGAUGGAGUAUCAGGUCCUGUUCUGCAGUGUCUGCUGGACAAACUGCUGGAGAGGAAAGUUCUGAGUGAUUCUGAGAAGGAGGCAGCCGAGGAGGAGAGGAGCAGGAGAGACAGAGCUCGCUUUGUCAUCGACACCGUGAGGAAGAAAGGUCCAGCUGCUAGCUCAGAGAUGAUCCAGUUCCUCUGUGAGCUCGACCCGUUUCUCUCAGAACAUCUGGGGCUGAUGUGAGGAUCAGGUUCUGUUCAACCAGACCUGAAGGUCAACAUCGACCCACUUCCAUGGUUCUAUUCAUCUAAAUGCUCACGCUUAGCUUUAGCAUUCAGCUAAUCUGUUAAAUUAAYAUUUAGCUUUAGCAUUUCAGCU